AUGCCAGAGGACAACUUCCAUGAAACCAAUAAUGGCAACCUCGAAUUCAACAUAUAUCUUCCCAACGUCUCAUUUGCAAGGUUAACCAUUGUUGCCUGCUUUAUCGCGAUCUCCUUGUACAAUUCCAUCGAACUCAUUGUCCUAUGUUUCAUCACGUUUAAGAAGUACAACAGUUGUUAUUUCUGGUCCCUUCUCAUCGCAUCAAUAAGCAUCAUUCUGUUUGCUUUGGGCUAUCUCGUCACCAUAUUUCGCCUUGGGGUGACCUAUGCGGGCAUUGCGGUAGAGACAGUAGGAUGGUAUGGUCUCGUGGUCGGCCAUUCGAUGGUUCUUUGGUCCCGACUUCAUCUAAUUGUCCAUAACCAAUGGAUAAUACAAGGAACCCUUGCCAUGGUCAUUGUUUGUGCAAUUAUAUUUCUUAUCCCUGCCACUGUCUUCGAAUUUGGCGUCCAUUCCAACGACAGCAAGAAAUUCAAUACCGGAUUCAAUGUGUUCGAACGAAUACAGUUGGUGGGACUUUCGGUGCAAGAGAUCAUUUUGUCGGUUAUAUAUUCCUGGGAGGCUAUCCGGUUGUUGAAACUACGACCGAGGGGCCAUUAUCACGGCAUUUUGGUCCAGCUUCUGGUUAUCAACUUGACCAUGGUUUGCAUGGACGCGGCUAUUAUUGGGUCUCAGUACGCUGGAUACUUUAUCAUCCACGUCACUCUCAAAGCAAUGGCCUACAGCAUCAAGCUGAAAAUGGAAUACACUAUCCUGGGAAGACUAGUUUAUUUGUCUUCGACAUGA